GUGUAAGUGCAGCUCAGCAGCUCCAUUUUGGGAAAAGGGGAACAUAAAGUACUUUAGGAGAGAAACACAGGCUUCUUCGUUGGGGCUUGAAAUUCUCAGCACUUUUGGUGAAGAGAGGAUUAAAAACAAUGUUUGGAGAGAAAUCACAGAGGUAAAUACUGAAGCACUAUAAUUUACUUACUGACUGAUCAAAGACUUCUCCGUUAGAAGAUGGAAACUUCCACUCCAGCUCAGACCAACAUGACAGCUCAGUCAGGAGGAAACAUCGCUGCUCCUGUUCUACAUGGAAAUAAUAUUCAAGGUUCAGUGAAUGUAACAAUAAUACAUGGAGGUCAGGAAGCCUCCGGUUCCAGCACCAGAACAGUUCAGACUGGAGGCUCUCCUGGUGCUACUCCUCUCAGUCAAGAUUUAGUCACUGUAUACAAACAAAAAUUGGAAAAGAAAUUUCGCAGCAUUAGUGAAGGAAUAUCACAGCGUGGAAAGUCGAGGCUACUGAAUGAGAUCUACACAGAGCUCUACAUCACAGAGGGAGGGAGUGGAGAUGUCAAUGAUGAACAUGAGGUCAGACAAAUUGAGACAGCAUCCAGGAGACCAGAAACACAGGAGAAACCUAUCAACUGCAACAACCUCUUAAAAGACAAACCCAUCAGAACUGUGCUGACUAAAGGAGUUGCUGGAAUUGGAAAAACAGUCUCAGUGCACAAGUUCAUUCUGGACUGGGCUGAAGGAAAAGCUAAUCAGGACAUCCACUUCAUAUUUCCACUUCCAUUUAGAGAGCUGAAUUUGAUAAAGAAAAAUCUCAGUCUGAUGAAACUUCUUCAACACUUAUGUUCAGAAGCAAAACAAUUGCCAUUAAUAGAAUGUGAUGCCCACAGAGUCAUGUUCAUCUUUGAUGGUCUGGAUGAGUGUCGACUUCCUCUAGAUUUCCAGAACAAUGAGAGCUUGUGGGAUGUAACAGAUUCAGCCUCGGUGGAUGUGCUGCUGACAAACCUCAUCAAGGGGAAUCUGCUUCCCGCCGCUCUUCUCUGGAUAACCUCUCGACCAGCAGCAGCCAAUCAGAUCCCUCCUGAAUGUAUUGACCUGGUAACAGAGAUACGAGGGUUCAGUGACCCUCAGAAAGAGGAAUACUUCAGGAAGAGAAUCAGUGACCAGAGCCUGGCCAAUAAAAUCAUCUCACACAUGAAGUCCUUAAGAAGCCUCUACAUCAUGUGCCACAUCCCAGUCUUCUGUUGGAUUGCAGCCACUGUUCUAGAGAGAGUGUUGGGUGAAGCAGAGAGUGGAGAGAUCCCCAAGACUCUGACUCAGAUGUUCACCCACUUCCUGAUCUUUCAGAUAAAACACAAGGACCAAAAGUACCAUGGGAAAUGUGACACUGAUCCUCAGCAGACUAGAAAGAUGAUUCUGGCACUAGGAAAACUGGCUUUCCAACAGCUGGAAAAAGGCAAUCUGAUCUUCUAUGAGGAAGACCUGAGCAAGUGUGGUAUUGAUAUCAGAGAUGUGUCAGUGUACUCAGGAGUUUGUACUCAGAUCUUCAGAGAGGAGUUUGAGCUGCACCUGGGGAAGGUGUUCAGCUUUGUGCACCUGAGCAUUCAGGAGUUUCUGGCUGCUUUAUAUGCAUUUCUGUCCUUCAUCAGCAGAGAUGUUACCGAACACCUGACCACUGAUCUCUCUGGCAUUUUUAAAAAGUCAACAAUGUCAGACUUCCUCAAAGUCUGCAGUGGACAAGGCCUUACAGAGUGAGAAUGGACACCUGGACCUUUUCCUCCGCUUCCUUCUGGGCCUCUCGCUGGAGUCCAAUCAGACUCUCUUACGAGGCCUAAUGACACAGACAGGAAGCAGCUCUCACAGCAAAGAGGAAACAGCCCAGUACAU